AUGACGACGAAAACUGGGUCGACAGAGCUCCGGCAUGUUGUGGAUGGGUGCCUUGGAGGUGAAGUGCACGUAGCUUUCAAGAUGCAGAGAGGUGAGCAAUUUGAGUCUUACUUGUCGCAAAGUGGCGGCCUGCUGCAGCUGAGCACCGUCCACUACGUGUGGUAUGCUUACACGUCUGCACAAACCUGCCUCGCGGAUCCCCUCCGCGUCCUGGCGCACCCAUGGAGCGCAGACCCCUGGGGCCGAACUAUCGUAUUUGUGGAUGCUUUUGCACUCUUCAUGUGGUUCAUCUCCCUGCGCACGCUACCGGCCACUGGAACAUCCGACCCUUCAAUUGUCGAUCGCCUCUGGUCGCUCAUGCCUUGGAUUUAUUGUUGGCAUUGGUUCGGCGCUUCCUGCGUGCACGGAUUCAACCCGCGCUUGUUCAUCAUGACGGUGAUCGCUAGCAUCUGGGGAUUCCGCUUGACCUACAACUUCUGGAUCAAGGGUGGCUUCAGUGGCGGUGAGGACUACCGAUGGGCCGUUAUCCGACGAUGGUAUCCGGGCUGGAAGUGGGAGGUCUUCAACCUGGUCUUCAUCUGCCUCUUCCAGCAGUGUGCGAUCCUUGCGUUUUCCGCUCCAGCUGUCGCAGCGCUUCAGUCAGAAAAACCUCUGACCUGGCUGGAUGCUUUGUCUGCGGUCCUGUACCUGCUCCUCUGCCUGGGUGAGGCAGUUGCAGAUGCGCAAAUGUUCGCUUUUCAGACGGAGAAGUACCGCCGGCGGGCAGCGGGCGAAGAGAUGGGACCGUAUGCAAAAGGAUUUAUCCAGACUGGCUUAUGGGCUUGGUCACGGCACCCCAACUACUUCUGCGAAGUCACCAUGUGGUGGGUCUUCUACCUGUUCAGCAUCCCUGCUACCGGGAAAGCAUUGAACUGGACUAUUUGGGGCCCUCUUUUCUUGAGUGGGCUCUUCUUGAUACCUGGGGCGUCCCUGGACAUAACAGAAUCGCUGUCCUCGAGCAAGUAUCCCGAGUACGCGCGGUACCAGCAGCAUGUCAGCAAGUUCUUCCCACUCCCCCCGCGGAGGAAGGAAGGCUUGCUGGCUGAAGCUUGA